AGUACGAGACGUUGGACGUGCCUACUCUACCUACCCAAAACAAAUGUCCGAUCUUGCGCCCAUUUCGUAAGUUCCUCGAACGACUAUUUCGAUUGACGCCCUACUAAAAUUAUUUUUAAAUUGUAUUUGGGCAAAUGUGCAUUAUGAGUUCUUAAAAGAACGAUUUCGAUUCGAGUGUAGUAUAUUUUAUUAGUUUAUUCAAGAAUUUAGUGUUAUAUAUUUAUCGUCUCGGCCGUACUUAGACGAAAGGAAUCAAGUUUCAUUACAAAUAAAAGUGUUUGCGUAAGUUCAGCGUAAUCAUUUCGCUGAGGAUAAAUAAGUUGUCUUGGGACGAUUAUCGUUUGACCGUCAAGAUGGCAGUGAGCAGACCUUUCACCUGGUAGCGCUUGAGUAGUCGGGCAGGAUCCUCGAUGAGCGUCUCGACGGAGGGUGUGCGCGGCGCGGGUGCGGGCUCUGACGAGUGCUGUGUGCGAUGGUGAUAGCAAAGCGAAAAGUUAAGAAGCCGGUGUACAACACGAGCACUAUCAAAAAUAUGGAUUACAACUGGGCACCAGGUCCAGAGCCCCCUAACAACCAGGAGAUAGGGGUGCCGAAAGCGGUGUUCGUUCCACAUUCCAACUCUUUGCCGUUUGAAGAGAGAAGAGUCACCUUAGAGCAACCUGUCAAGAUUGGACGCAAUGUAUAUCGAGCGACUCCCAGCCCUACAAACACCAUCUUCGAAUGUCGAGUGCUAUCGCGGCACCACGCUACGCUGUACUAUGACAAGGGACACUUUUAUCUCGUGGACAACCAAAGCAGCAACGGCACGUUCAUCAACAACAACCGGUGCUCGAUAUCCAAGGAGCAGGAGCCGCACGAGGUGUUCUCCGGGGACGUGGUCCAAUUUGGCAUUCCCGUCGUUGAGAAUGCUACCAAUUCGGAAAAGAACACGUUCCCGCCCGUGGUCGCGUUACUCAAGCUGUUCCACCCCGAUGGCAAAGAGGCGAAGCUGUCCUUCAACCCCACCAUGACUACACCGCUGCACCUCAAGGAACUGUACCAGCUGAACAACUUCGUGCAGGAAGCGAUCCAGCGUGAAGCCUCCCUCGAGGGCCGUCUGCGAGCGCUCCGCGAGUGCGUCCAGCGCACGCAGGCCGAGGCGCGCGCCUCCUGGGAGCUGUUCGUGGGCGAGCAGCGCCUGCUCAUGCGCGUCCACACACUCGAGACCAUGCUCGCGGCCGGCAAGCAGCCCGAGGCCGCCCACGUGGCCCAGCUGCUGCACGACAAGAAGAACUACCAGGAGGUGGCAACAGAGAGCCUUCGAGCCGCUCACGAGCAACGACUAGCACUCGAAGAAACACUAGAGCGGCGUGGACGAGAGACCGCCGCGUUACUAGAGCACAACGCAGCGCUGAGACUUGCCGCCAAGAAUGCUACGGCCGAGCUGCAGAAGCUGGCAGCGCGGUGCGAGCGCAAGAUGUGCGCGGCGCGCCUCGCCAUCGCCGCCGCCGAGGAGCGCGAGCUCGCCGCCAGGAACCAGCUGCCGCUCGCUUAUUCAGUACAAAACGGCGAAGCCAAAAUGCUGGUGCUGAGCACGGACAGCAACAAGCUAGCGGAGGCCAAGCGCACCGGCACCCUGGAGGACGCCGUGCGCGCGCUGCCCGACUACAUCAAGAUGUUACUCCCGCAACACCUGCUCAACAAGGUCGGCAUUAAAGCGGUAUCCGCAGAGGGGAAAUCGGCGAAAGAAUUCGAAUUGAUAUUGAAGAAGAAUAAUAUUUACGACGAAGAAAACAAAGAAAAAGAUGAGGCGUCAGACGGAUCCACAGGCGAGGACGGCGGCAGCGGCGAGGACAAGACCGGCGCGCCCGACCUCUGCACCGACGACGAGAAGCAGCAGAGGCUCAACCACGAGCCGGACUGUGACGGGUCGUCGAGCCCGCUGGACGGCGAGCUGCACGCCGACAACAACGCAAACUCCACCUACACCGAGCCCGAAACUGAGGACUCUCCAACGGUGGGCGGCGUGGAGUACGCGAACAUCCUGCGCGUGAUGGGCGGCCUCAACGACGAGAUCCGCGCGCUGCGCGAGCGCCUGGCCGCCGCCGCCGCCGCCGCCGACCAGCUGCGCGCCGUGCGCGACGACCUGCUGCAGGCGAGGGCCGAGCCCGAGCCGCCGCCCGAGCGCCCGGACGACCUGCUGCAGGCCCGCGCCAAGGUCGACGACCUGCAGGCCCAGUUGAAAAGAUCGGCCGCCGUAGAAGAGGCGAACCUCGCCGAGAUCCAGCGGCUCGCAUCGAGCGCGGCGUGGAUGCAGGCCGAGCUCGCCUUCCGGCCCACGCGCGCCUACGUGGACGACCUCACCGCCGACGUGGCCGCCCUGCGCGCCGACCUGCAGGCGCGCGACGCCGCCAUCGACCGCCUCUCCCGCCAGCACGACUCCGACCAGCCGCGCUCCCUCACCGCGACCACCGCCGACAAGGCCGUCGAGACCGACCGCCCCGCCGACCACUCCGCCGACGCGACCGAGAUCUCCGCCGACAUCGACGAGAUGUUCCGCCUCGACUACGACGACGACGAGACCGAGUCGGUCGCCACCGAGAUCGACACCACGCCCGAGGAGCCGGCCGCGACCUCGCGCCCGCAGGAGGAGGAGGAGGAGCGGCUCGCGACGCAGCUGGCCAACGGCGCGCUGCACUCGCUGCAGGAGGAGCUGGUGCGCGCCAAGGAGAGCUGGGCGUCGGUGUGCGCCGAGCGCGCGCGCCUGGCCGAGCAGCUGGCCGCGCUGCAGCACAAGCCGCGCCUGCCGCCGCCGCUGCUGGCCGUGCUGCUGCCGCUGCUGGCGGCCGCGCUGUACUGGCUGCUGCCGCACCUGUCCUGAUUGACGGCCACGUGGGACCCGCCCGGGUACCAGUAGCCGCUCGUCCCGUGCGAGCGCACCGUUUCCCGUUCUAAACUUUUGCUCACUCUUUUUAUCUCCUUCGACGUGUCACGAUACGGGGCCCGCCCGGACCGACCCGCCCGCUGCCGGUACCUCGAAUGAAUAUUAUGGGCGCGCCGUCGGUGGCCGCUCGGAGAUCUCGGAAUAUUUAUUGAUAUUGUAAUUCGAACCUAGCAUAGUUUAGAGGGUAAAGCGUUAGUUUAUAGUUUAUUACUUUGGAUCUCCGAGCGGGCGACCGACGCGCGUCGCCGGUCGGUGCGAGCGGGCGUCGCCGGGACGCCGAGCUAGUGUUGAAGUGCCAUUCGCCUGCGGCGCGUGAGACGAGCGCCCCGACGGAGCGUGUAUAUAUCUCCUAGUAUCGUUUCUGUAAAAAUUGACAGUGUCGUAUUGAUAGAUAUAAAAUUGAUUGUUGAUAUCUGCCAUAAUAAAUACUUGUACAUUUUAUAUAUAAGGCCUAACGACUGUCCUAAGUUAUACGUACGUGUAAUAUUGUUGAACCUCGGCGCGAGCGGCCGGGCGUCGCCGUCGGAUAUUUGAUAAAGAUACUUCGCGUGUGUUCAUCGUCGCCUCGUCGCAGUGACCGACCUGUCGCCUCGUUAUCGCUUUGCGGAGCUCCACAUAUCAAUUAUAGGUUUACGUGCGGGCAUUGUGCGCGCGGACCGGGUCGCGAGGUUUGUUCUAUAGUUUGCAUUUUCUAGUCUUUAUAAUCGACUUACAGUUUCUUGCAUGACUUUUUCUACUCUUAUAGUAUGAGCUGGAUUUAAAAGUUUGUAUUGAAAUAAUGUUAAAAAUAUAAAUUCGUCUCGGUGAUGAUUCGUUGACGCAUUUAUGAGCAUCGAUGACAUUUGCAUACGCAUUGCAGCAUACGAGCAUUUUUGUUAGUUGCCGCCCGGCGCACGGGCGCGCAGUUUCCGUUCAGUAAGUUCCCGGAGAGGAUUUGUGUUGCCGCGAGGUCGGCGCAGGCACGCCGGUGCCGAUCGACGCUUCAGAUCGCUUUAGCUCUGUGAUGUGAAGGCCAAUAGAUAAUUUUUGUAACAAACUUGUAUUGUAUAACUAACGAUUAAUUAUAUUGACCUAGAUUUACUAUUACCUUACCACGUUGAAGUCCCGUGUCUAUGUUUAUUAUUUAAUUGUUGCACUGGUUUUGUUAUGUUCGAUGUUUAUUUGUGUUUUAAACCACCUGAAUGUAAAUAGAUUUUAUCUUAUAGUCGUUCUUUCGUUUAUUUUCACGCUAUCCGAGAAUUUAUGUUGUAUUUUAUAAAGUAAAUUAAUAAUGCAUUCUAUGUGGAUGUACUGAUAAAUUUAUGCAAAUAAUAUUGAAUUGUUUAAACAA